AUGGAGGGCGGCUCUUAUGGGCGAACUGCAACUGCUUUUGUUGUCCGGUGGGAGAAGGCUGCUGCCGUCUUGCCCAGACAGGCUCCAUGUCUCGCCGCCGUCGCCCCCCGCCGCGCGGCGCUCGCCUUCUUCGGGCGGCACCGGCCUGCUCCUCGCCCUGCAGCGCACCUGCGUGGGCUGGGGCGCCACGAGGCGCGUCGAGUACCCCAGCCGCCACCGCCCGGCCUCGCCGGCCGCUCCUGGCGCUGGCACGGCCGCCGUCGAGGGGACGGGUCGCCGGAGAGCGCCGGCUCGGAGCGGGGACGAGGACCAGGAGAGCAUCAGCGGCGGUGCCAAGAAGAGGAAGUGGCUGGAGGCGGCGGCGGCGGUGCAAGAGAGCGGCUGCGAGGACAAGCCCGUGGUGGCCAAGAAGGGGAAGUCGAGGUCCAGGAACAGGAGGAAGGCGUGGUGGAGUACCCUGCGCCGGCGCCGCGGCGCCGCCAGGCGCGCCAAGAAGGCCCCGCGGGUCGUGAAGGAGGAGCAGGAGGAGGAGGAAGAGGUGGACGAGGAAGAGAGCAGCCGAGACGUCAAGCCCGCGGUGGUGGAGGCGGGGAAGUCGACGAGGAGGAGCAGGAAGAGGGUAGGGUCGAGUGCCCGUGGACGUCAUCCCGGCGCCGCCAAGCGCGCCAAGAAGACCCUCCUCAACAACUGCUCCUCAAGGAGGAGAAGGUGGAGGAGGCGGAGUUGGAGGAGAAGGUGGCGGAGAGCAAGCCCGCCGCUUCUGCUCCGGCUCCCGAGCCCAGCUCGCCGCGCGGCAAGGUCGAUCGCUGGUUGGCCCGGCGGUACGCGGCGGGCGAGGCUACGCUGCUGGACAUCCUGCGCGCGCGCGGCGCCAGCGCCGGCAAGCCCGCGCCGCGCGCCGAGGUGCGGGCGCAGGCGCGCCGCCACAUCGGCGACACCGGCCUCCUCGACCACCUCCUCCGCCACAUCUCCGACAAGGUCCUGGCCGGCAGCGGCGAGCGGGUGCGCCGCCGGUACAGCCCAGCCGGUGGCUUGGAGUACUGGCUCCAGCCGGCCGAGCUGGCGGCCACGCGGCGGGAGGCCGGCGUGGAUGACCCGUUCUGGGUGCCGCCGCCUGGGUGGAAGCCCGGUAACCCCGUGUCGCCGGAGGCCCGCGCGCUCAAGGUGCAGAAGCAGGUGGAGGAGCUCGCCGGGGAGCUUGACGUCGUAAAACGGCAAAUGAAGCAGCUCGAUCCCAAUCUGGUGCAAGUGAGCAAGGAAGCCUACAUCUCAUGGAAGGGGUACGACUGUAUGGUGAAGGCCAAUGGCAAGCUGGAAAAGGAGGUGCUGUCCUUGGAGGAGAAGUAUGAGAAUGUGACACAGGAGAAUGGUGAGCUGAAAGAGCUGCUGCUGCUGCUGAAGGACAAGUAUGAGACUGUGCUUGAGAAGAAUGACAAACUGGAGGAGCAGAUGGUUGCCUUGUCCACUUCUUUCCAGUCCAUGAAGGAAGACUUGCUCCUGCAGAGAAUUGGAGAACAACCCAUGCUGAUGCUAGCGCAAGAGCCUUGGGAUGCUGACAAGCAAGAAGCCAGUGCCGGCAAUGCUGCUGCCGGUUCAGGCAACCAGCUGGUGGAUGCUGACGCCGUCGAUGGCAGCUUCAGCAGCAAUGGUGGCACCUCUGGUAGCACGAAGAGGGCGUUGAGGAGGUGCAGCGUGCGCAUGCGCAGGAGAGAUGGGAUGUUGCAGUGGCCAACGGCUGCAUCUGAUGGCACGACCAGCAGCCCCAGCGAGCUUCCAGAGCCGCUAACACCCGGCGUCGAUUUGGUCAUCACCGAUUUCAACGCGGUGAUCAACAGCCUCGCGCCACCAUCCAUGGAGGAGUACAUGAUGGCUGAGGCCUCCCAACAUCAACGUCCGCGUCGUCCACCAGCACCUCUCCCAAGCUCCCGCUCCUCUCCGCCCCAGCCUCACCGGUCCAGGUCCAGCCACUGCAAUCAACAACCGUGACCAUGGCAGACCAGCAAGCGGUGCAGCCAUACUCUGGUGACUUCAACCUGCAGCUCCGGCACAAGGACACGUCAUCUUCGUCACCACGGCCAUGCGGUGCCAAGGCGCUGAAGCUCGACGCCGGUGCUGGAGUCGGCAGCGUGGGCACCGAGCUGGCCCUGGCGACCCCCACUUACUGAUCCAGCCAACGUUGAGAAGCACCAACGAAUGAACAGAUCUUUCCACUGAAGUUUUGCCUCACCACCAUUAACUAGCAGUAACUCACCUCAGAACAUAGCUCACAGGUCCACAGGAUAGCUGAAGAAAGACAGAACACCAGAGAAGAUAGAUUGCCUUUUACCUUGCUUAGGCAAUGCACUUAGCUGAUUUUCUCCGUUAAUUACCUGUAGUUAUCGCUAUUGUCAGUUUCGAACUUGAUUGCCGAUGGCUUUGCUUACAGUUGAGCACCACCAUGCUGCUGGUGCUGCUGCUUUAAUACCUAGUUUGUACUUAUGCCAGCCAGGAUAAAUGAUCUUCUACUCUGUUUUAAGUCAAAUUGCCGCUAGGAGCCAAGUUUCAUUCA